ACGCUCAAGACAGAACAACGGGCUCUGUAUUUCCUUGAUUAUUUUUCUCCGCCUCCAGGGACAAUGUCUCUUUGCCUUUUCAGGAAGAUUUAAUAGAAACAGACACUGUUCCCUUCCCCAAGCGCCAAAGCUCUGUUUCCAGAACCAGCGCGUAUACUAGAUGCUUCGGGGCGGAGCCCGGACUAGCAAAGGGCGGGCCUUGCGAGCGGCGCGCGCUAUAAAAUAGGACGCGAGGCACCCCGCGCACGCCUGGGAGCAAGUGUCUCUUCAAGCCAAGGGGCCACCCACCGCCAGCCCAUCUUGGUGGUUCCUCCAGGAGUCAACAGCCUGAUCCCUUGGGCAGCGGUUACCAUGGCCGAGAGAGCGCUGGCGCUCACCCCGAUGGGGCGGGGGGACCGCUACUACACAUAUACUGAGCUCCUGGCCAUCUCGCGGCGCUUCAAGCAGAACCCCAACGAGCUCAUGAUCACCUGGAUCCUGCGGGUAUAUGACCAGGGGGGCUCGGCCCUGGCCCUGAAUUCCGGCGAGCUGGCGCUGCUGGGCGAUCUGACCGGCGACGCCAUCUUUAACUACCACUGCAAGGGCCUGCGGGGCGGCUGCAAGACGCUGCUCAGCUGGCUGCUGCUGGCCUGGCGCCAGCGCUGGGAGUCCUUCGUGUACUUCGAGGCCACCGAGCUGCCUUUCCGGCCUUGGACCAACAUGGAGGAGGGCAUCCGGCUGGUACGCGAGCUGGGCAUGCUCGAGUGGAUCUACCGCGAGCCGGCCUCGCCCCCCGUGCCAGAGCAGGCGCCCUUGCCUGCACCAGAGGACAUGCCAUUCACACAGGGCCUGCAGCGGCGCCUGCUGACGGCUGCGCCCUCCGAGCUGCGGCUGUCGUUGGCCAGCCUGCUGGUCAAGGGCAUGACGGUGCUGGAGGCGGUGCUAGAGAUUCAGACCAUCGCCGAUGUGGGCCUGUUCUGGCGCCACAGCCAGCCCGGCCGCGCCAAGCUCAUGCUGGGGCCCAAUCCAACGCGCAAGGACCUCAUGGGCUGGCUCCUGAGCCACGGGGUGCCCAAGGAGAGGGUGGACAAGCAGCCCACCAAGGUCCUUCUGGAGCUGUACAUCAGAGAGGCCAAGCGCAGCCGCAGCCACCCAGCCUACAUGCUGGGGGAGGAGCAGCCCCCGCCACCCCCCUACUCUGACCAGGCCUGUGGGGAGGAGCCGCCCAUGCACCACGACUAGGAGCCGGGAGGAGGCUAGAUUCCAGGGCAUCUGGCCCCUUGGAGUGGAGAUGCAGAGCCUUGCCAGUAUCCCCUGAGCCUCCCCAGGAGGGCUGAAGCACUGCUCUUCUGCUCUGGAGCCUCCUGUGGGCAGGCCCCACCCCAUGGGCGUCACCCACCACAGCUGGCGGAGGGGAGUGAGCUAGCUGGGUACAUGGCAGCUCCUUAGAGAUCCCCCCCCCCAAGCACACAGCCUGUUACCGUUUCAGUCUGUUACAUUUCAGCCCCAUUGGCAUGGUUGAGGGGGCACCCACCCACGGGUCUCCAAAGCACUACAGGUCCCUACACUACAAUCCAAGUGCAGAAACCCCACAGCCAACAACAUGAAGGCAUCUUGAAGUUUGUGCCCUUUUUCUUAAGGUUUUUUUAAAAAUGCAAUGUUUUUACUUAAUACUUUAAGCAGAUAACAGCGCUUUUGUUUUAGGGAUGCUCUUGUCGUGGCUUUUCUGUUAAGACUUCAUUUUGCAAUAUCUUUCUCUUUUAAA